GUUGUACAACACUUUCUCCCUCUCCCAACCACUGUACGCUUUCGCCUUCCCGCGUUACUGAGUCCGAUCAUGUCUUCCCACAAGCCCGUCCGUCCCGAUGAAACUGCACACAAGGCUGCUGUUGCAGAACUUGAAAAGAAGAUCGAAGCAGCCGACAAAGUUUUUAAUGCUGUUAAGCAAAAAAUUGAAGCCUCGCGUGGCCCCAAUCCUUUCCACGAGAAAAACAAAGAACUUCGUGCUGAACUCGACAAGAUUCGUGAGGCCCAGAGUGCAAUUCGCAGCUCAAAGCAAGAAAUUAUUGCUCAGCUGAAAGGAAAGGAGGAUGCUUUAAAGAAGAAGAUCAACGAAAUCAAUGGUUUGAAGAAGACUGUGCCCUUUAAGAGUGAGGCAGAUCUCGACAAACGUAUUGAGAGACUCAGAAGCGAGGUUGAGUCUGGUACCAUGAAGCUCGUUGAUGAGAAGAAGAACCUUCGUGAGAUUUCCCAGCUCAAUCACUUGCGUAAGAACUUUGGUGAGAUCAGCAACACCCAAAGUGCUAUCGAUGUAUUGAAGAAGGAAGCUGCUGCUCUUCGUGAGCAGCUUGACGACCCUGAGUCUAAGAAGUUGAACGAACAGUUUGUCGCUGCUCGUGACUCUUUGAACGCCCUUCGUAAGAAGCAAGAUGAGUUUUACACGAACCAACGAGCUCUUUAUGCUGAGCGUGACGCUGCCAAGGCUAAGUGUGAUGAGGUCUAUGGUCAACGUAAAGCCAUGCAACGUGAAUACGACACCGCAUUCCGUGCUUGGCGCGAUCAUGAGCGCCAACAACGUGCCAAGCGCCAAGAGCAAAUUCGUCAAGAGCGUGAGGCUCGUGAAAUGCAGCGCCGUCAGGCUACUGCCCAAAAGAAGUUGGAGCAAGCCAGUAUCCCCGCUUUUACUGAGGAGAUUUUGACGUGUGAAAACUUGAUUAAGUUCUUGCACGGUACUCCUUCUGAAAAGAAGGAGCAAGCAGCCUCUGCUUCUACUUCUUCUAACUUGCGUCCCAGAAAUUUGGCUCCUCGUGCUGUCGAGCCUAUUGUCGGUGGUACUGUCUUGAACAAGAGUGCCAACGAUAUUGACGACGUCUUUUCUGGCUUGAAGAAGAAGACGAAGAAGGCUUCCAAGUCCAACAACUCGUCAUCCUCCGAUAAGCUUAACCUUUCUUUGGGUACUCUGCAAGAGUUCUCUUUUGUUGGUGUAGAGGCUCCUCUCAACAAGUCACAGAACGAGAAGGCUGUUGCUGACUUGAAAGCAAAGAUCGCUUACUUCAAGGAAAACCAGGAGCGUGUUACCAAGGAGAAGAUCGCUAAGGUCGAGAAGGAGAUUAACGAUUUGGAGGCCAAGUUUGAAGCUAAGAAGCAGAAGGAUGCUGCCAAAACUCAGAAGACUGAGGAGACUUCUGAGCCUUCAGCUGAAUCGGUUGAAAAGCCUGCCGAGGCUGCUCCUGCCGUAGUUGAAACUGCUGCUUGAAAUGUUUUAUCAUUUGAGCGCUUCAACGGCAUGUAAUGUUUCCAUCAUCAUACCCACUUCUUUCUCUCGAUUUUUUACCUCUCCACGGUUUCAGGCAGGAGUAAAAAAGGACCACUGAUGUCGUCCUUCUCCACGCUUGGGCAUGUAUAGUAAAUGAAAGCGUUUUUUGUAAAAAAUAAAUGUCUAAUCUCUUUCUCUCUUCCAUAAACAAAUGCAGCGUUUUUA